GCCAACCUAAGGCUUUUUGCUAUUUAUUUUUUUGGUAAUAGUUUAUUUUCAUUCCAACAUUCAGGUACUUUCCCAGUAUGUUAUUGUUGUUGUUGUCUAUUUUGCUUUUGCUUUGUCACACACAUGUGCUUCACUUGCAGAUCAGACUUUGCUGCACGCUCAGGAGAUAGCCAUGCACCUGACAGACAGACAUUGACCAUUUACGAUUUGGGAAACAAGCUUAUUGCAUACAGCUGCACAUUGACUGAGGUGGUUGAUGUUUUGGCUGAAUGGGGCUCUCUUUAUGUCCUGACGCGUGAUGGCCUCCUGCAUGCUUUCCAUGAGAAGGACACACAGACUAAACUGGAGAUGCUGUUUAAGAAAAACCUGUAUGUAAUGGCCAUUUCUCUGGCAAAAAGUCAGCACCUGGAUAGUGAUGGAUUGUCUGAGAUCUUUCGCCAGUAUGGAGAUCAUCUAUAUAGUAAAGGAGAUCAUGAUGGGGCCAUCCAACAAUAUAUCCGCACAAUUGGAAAAUUAGAGCCUUCCUAUGUUAUCCGAAAAUUUCUAGAUGCCCAAAGGAUACAUAAUUUGACAGCGUACCUUCAGGCUUUGCAUUUACAAUCUCUAGCCAAUGCAGACCACACCACUCUCUUACUAAACUGCUACACAAAGCUAAAGGACAGCGCUCAUCUGGAGGAGUUCAUUAAAGCGAGCGUGGAUGAGGUACAUUUUGAUGUAGAAAUAGCUAUCAAGGUUCUUCGGCAAGCUGGUUACCAUUCACAUGCCCUGUACUUGGCAGAGAAGCAUGCCCAUCAUGAAUGGUACUUAAAAAUACAGCUCGAAGAUAUCAAGAAUUUUCAAGAAGCUUUGAGAUACAUUGGACGCCUUCCCUUCCCUCAAAUAGAAAGCAAUAUGAAGUGCUAUGGAAAAAUACUUAUGUAUCAUGUGCCCAAUGAGACAACACAGCUGUUGAAAGACUUGUGUACCAACUUUGCUCAGCAUGAGGGAGGAAAGAAGGCAAAUCCUGAAGAGUUCAUUCCAAUUUUUGCCAACAAUCCUUGUGAAUUAAAGAACUUUCUUGAACAUAUGAUACAAGUACAGAAUGAUUCACCUCAAGGAGUUUAUGAUACUUUGUUGGAAUUACGUCUGCAAAACUGGGCACAUGAGAGAGACCCACAAGCAAGGCAACAACUCCAAAAUGAUGUCAUGACUCUUCUGAAGAGUGGGCGCUUUAAGAAUGUGUUUGAUAAAGCUCUUGUCCUAUGCCAAAUGCACAAUUUUCAGAAAGGAGUGCUGUAUUUGUAUGAACAAGGCAAACUUUUUCAGCAGAUUAUGCAUUACCACAUGCAAAACAAUCAAUACCAAGAAGUAAUUGAGGCUUGCAAACAGUAUGGGGAGCAAGAGAGCUCUUUGUGGGAGCAAGCACUUGGCUACUUUGCCCGCAAAGAGGAAGAUUGUAAAGAACACAUUGCUACUGUGCUGAGACAUAUUGAAAGCAAAAAUCUCAUGCCUCCACUACUAGUGGUGCAGACCCUGGCUCAUAAUUCCACAGCCACUCUGUCUGUGAUCAGGGACUACCUAAUCAACAAAAUGCAGAAACUGAGCCAGCAGACAGAAGAAGAUGAAAGAACUGUUAAUAGGUACAGGGAGGAAACCGCUCGCCUUCGCCGAGACAUCCAUGAACUGCGUAACAGCCCCAAGAUUUUCCAGAAGACUAAAUGUAGUAUCUGCAGUAGUGCUCUAGAACUUCCAUCUGUGCACUUUUUGUGCGGCCAUUCCUUUCACCAACACUGCUUUGAGAGCUAUGCAGAGAGUGACUCCGACUGCCCAACCUGCCUGCCUGAGAACCGCCAAGUCCUUGACAUGAUCAGGGCCCAGGAGGAGAAGAAAGAUCUCUAUGACCACUUCCAGCACCAGCUGAAGUGCUCCAAUGAUGGAUUCAGUGUGGUUGCAGACUACUUUGGUCGUGGUGUGUUCAACAAACUUACACUAAUUACAGAUGCCCCUACAGAAAAAUCCAGAAUAACUAAGGAUGUGGGGUUACAACGGGAUUUGCUUAUGAACACCAGAAGAAAUGUGUAA